AUGGCGCCAACACCAGGCCUCCUCUACGUAACGAUGCAACCCAGGCCCUCCCUCCCCGACGCCCAAUUCCACGACUGGUACAACAACGAGCACGGCCCCACACGCCUCCGUCUGCCCUUCAUUCCAAACGGCUUCCGCUACCGCGCCACAGAUCUCGACGGGCCAGGCAAAGGACUACCAGAAUGGGUGGCCUUAUACGACAUCACCGACACCGCCGAACUCACCCGAGACACGUACACCCGUCUACGAACUCCCGCGGUAAAGAGCCAGCGAGAGAAGGACGUCAUGGCGCAGAUUGCUGUCGACCGACGGACCUUCGACUUCGUUGAGAGCCGGGAGGCUGAGAGCUUCAGACCGCUCGAAGACCUGGACGCGGACGAAGAAGGGAGGGUGCUCGUUGCGGUGAGCUUUAGCAUCUACCCCGGAAAGCGCGAACAGCUGGACAAGUGGUACGGCGAGGAGCACAUUGCCAUGCUCUCCAAAGUCCCUGGGUGGUUACGCACGCGACGAUACGUCACAUCGUCGAUUGACGAGAAAGAGGAGGUCGAGUUUCUCGCGCUGCAUGAGUACGCGCCGGAGAACGGGCUGGGCGGGGAGGAAUUCAAGGCCGCGACGAGCACGAAGUGGACCGACGAAGUUAUGGCGAAUGUGGUCCGUGAGAAGAGGAGACGUGUGUAUAAAUCGUACUAUAUCUUUGGCCCUGCACCGAGGGACUUGUCGCCAUUUUUGAGCCCGGAUGCGUCGCCGUUCAGCUCACCGGAUGGACUCACGAAGACGUUUACCGCUUCUGGGGAUGCUGGUCCAGCAAUAGAGUCCUACGUUACGACCAAAGACGGCGUGAUGCUGCCGUACAGACUGGAAGGCUCGUCCGAGCCCGAUGCGCCGCUUAUACUGCUCAGCAACUCCAUCCUUGUGGUGUGGGGCAUCUGGGACGGCUUCGUUGCCUCUUUCCUCUCCACUGCUGAGGGUAAGAAAUACCGUAUCUUGAGAUACAGUACCCGAGGCAGGUCAAAAGAUGCCGGUGAUCAGCCUGUUACCCUUGAUGUCCUGGCAUCAGACGUCGUAACUUUGCUUGAUGCCUUCAGGGUCCGGAAAGCUGCUGCUCUGAUCGGCGUCAGCCUCGGAGGAGCGACGGUUCUGAACACGGCGCUGAAGUACCCUGGAAGGGUUGGGUCCUUCGUGGCGUGCGACACAAAUGCGGUUGCGCCGGAAAGCAACAGGAAGGCGUGGGGUGAACGAAUCGCAAUGGCGGAGAAAGAAGCGGCGCAGGAGGCGGAUGAGCGGGUGGUGGGCGAGCAGCUUGCGGAGGCGACAGUCCGAAGGUGGUUCGUUGAAGAGAGUUACGACAAGGGAUCAAUGGAGAAGAAGAUUGAGCGGGUCAAGAUGAUGGUGGAGACGAACAGUCUGGAAGGGUUCAAGAAAAGUGUCGAAGCAUUAUACGCGUACGACAUGAGAGAGGAGAUGAAAGAAAGCAAGGUGAAAGGUGCCUUUGUAGCAGGCGGCGGAGAUGGUGUGUUACCGAAGACCAUGAAACAGAUGGCAACAGAAUAUGGGAAGGGUGCAGAGUAUGUGGUGAUCGAAGGGGCCGGCCACCUGCCCAUGGUCGAGAAACCGCGGGAGGUUGUGGAGGCUGUCUUGCGUUUCUUAGCAGCAUGA